AUGACCAUUGAGCAUGGACAGCCAGCUCCCGAUGGCGGAUAUGGCUGGAGCUAUGGGAUCUUUCUGUCCCACUAUAUGACCAACAAUGUAUUUCCGGGGACCAGUGCCUUCGCCUAUUCAAUGGUGGGCGGCUUAUCGAUUGGCUGCGCAUACCUGAUGGCCCCAUUUACCGUCUACUUGAUCCGCACACACGGCACCCAUGCCACCCUGAUUGGGGGCAUCAUCAUCCAGAGCGGAGGCUUGAUUGCGGCCUCCUUCGCCACGAAGAUCUGGCAGCUCUUCCUGGCGCAGGGAGUCUGUUUCGGCACCGGCAUGGGCGUCAUCUAUAUGACGUACCUGGGCAUCCCGGCACAGUGGUUUGAGCGCAAACGCAGCAUCGCAAACGCAAUCCCCGCCGCCGGAGCGGGGACGGGCGGGAUCAUCUACUCACUGGCGAUCCAGUCGAUGAUCGAGAACAUCGGGCUGGGUUGGACGUACCGCACGCUGGCGCUGGUGUCGCUCACGGCGAACCUGGUGAGCGCGGCGUUCCUGCGCGACCGCCACAAGGCGACGGCGAGCCGGCACACGGCGUUCCAGUUCCCCUUGCUCCGGCGGGCGGAGUUCGUGCUGCUGCUGGGGUGGGCGAUCUUCAGCACGCUCGGGUUCGUCGCGGUCAACUUCAGCCUGCCGAACUUCGCCGUCUCGAUCGGGCUGUCGUCGCACCAGAGCAGUGUGGUCGGCGCGCUGCAUAAUCUGGGCCAGGGAGUCGGGCGGCCGCUGAUUGGGCUCCUGAGCGAUCGCUGGGGCCGGCUGAACGUCGCGUCGGUGCUGUCAUUGGUGUGCGCGGGUUUCUGCUUCGCGAUCUGGAUCCCCGCCCAGGAUAUGGCGGUCGUUUCGGUCUUCGCAACGAUCGGGGGCAUGGUGUCGGGUACCUUUUUCGCCACGGUGGCCCCCGUGAUCGUCGAGGUGAUUGGGCUGCAAGACCUGCCGGGCGCGCUGAGCAUCCUCUGGCUCGUUCUGAUCUCGCCCGGGGCGUUUGGCGAGGCGAUCGCGCAGGCGCUGCGGCGGCCGGCAUGGGGCACGGCGGCCUACCAGCCGGUGCAGGUCUUCUCGGGGAUCCUCUACAUCGCGGCGGCGCUAUGUUUGUGGUUUGUGCGAGGGUGGAAGGUUCAACAGAAGCUGCAAGAGGAAAGUGAACAGGCGAGUCGAGACAAAAAUCUCACCGAUGUGGUGGUAUGUGCCAAAGAGGGAGAGGCAGAAGAAGUGGUGAGGAAGUCGGUGUGGAGGGAUCCCGUUGGGUUGGGAAGGGAAAUGGUGCGUUGGUAUCGUGUGUGA